AUGACACGAAUGAAAUGGAUGUUUAAAAUAUUAUCUAUAUCAUUUAUAAUCGGUUGUGUAAUUGUUCGUUAUUUAUUAUUUCAAAAAAAAUCAUCUAUAUAUCUAAUCGAUAAACAUAAUUAUCGUUAUGAUGUUAAUCAUCAUCAUGUUGAAAAUGAAAAUAAUUUUCUAUCAAAAAAUAUUAAUGUAAUACCUUUGCCAAAAUUUAUUGAUAAAAAAAAUUCCAUAUUAGUAAUAUCAAAUGGUUUUCAAGUUGUACCAAAGCAAAAGCCUACAGAAGAUCUUCAACUAGCUCUUCGUCGUUAUUUAAAAUAUAUUUCAUUAUUAACAGAAAUACCAAUAGAAAUUAAUGAAGAUUCUUUAUCAUCUGAAAAUAAACUUAUCAUUGAUUGUCUAUCGAUUACAUCACAAAAAGAUGCAUAUCCAACACUUGGGGAAGAUGAAUCUUAUACGCUUAAUAUAACAAAAACAGGUUCAUAUUUAUAUGCAUUAUCAUUAACAGGUAUUAUUAGAGGUUUAUCAACAUUUAUUCAAUUGAUUGAACGAAAUACAUCAUCCGAUACAUUUUAUAUUCCAUUAGUAAAUAUAAUUGAUAGACCUCGAUUUAAAUGGCGAGGUUUAUUACUUGAUGUAUCUCGUCAUUGGAUGCCUGUGACAGUAAUUGAACGAACAUUAAAUGCAAUGGAAUUAAGUAAACUUAAUGUUCUUCAUUUACAUUUAUCUGAUGAUCAAGGUUUUCGUGUUGAAAGUAUUGAAUACAAUUUAUUACAUGAUAGAAAAGAUUUUUUUACUCAAAAAGACAUUCAACAUCUUGUUGAAUAUGCUCGACAACGACGUAUACGUAUUAUACCUGAAUUCGAUAUUCCUGGUCAUACAACAAGGUAA